AUGCCGGCCUGCCGCCGCAUUGCUGGGCACACUGACCGGCCAUGCAGAUACCGCCAACCGCCCGGUAGACAAUACCCCAUGGGCCACAACUCCCCUGUCCCAGGAACACAACCAAUGUAUUCUUACACUGGUCUUCCCACACAGGGACAGGCACAACCACAGCCUCAAGGCCUAAUGCAAAUGUCUCGACCCUCGCCACCACACAACACAUGGGCCAUGCCACAGGCUCACGCUCCCUACUAUGCUGCCCCACGAGACAACCGAGAGGGCCUGGCACAAGCAGGUCUAAGCACAUCGCAGCCGUCUGUCACAAGCAGCGACAUGUACAGCAACAGCAUGGCGGCUCCUACGUCGCUUGCAACCACCGACUUCUUCCCAGGCGUCAUCGACACAAGUCCUUGGGGUCAGAAGGUGUGCGAAGAGCUCGAGUCGUUUCCAUCAUUGGACCCAGAAGUUGCCGACUUCAGCCAUGGCAUCAUGGGCCAUGACGAGAACACCCCCAUCAUUGAUCUGCGCCAGUACAACGGCAUGGUGCAGCAGGAACACGACAGCAUGGCCAACAUGAACCCCCACACGGCUCGGCGACUGUCAGAGUCAUCCUUCUCCAUGUCAAGUACCGGCGGUGUCCUUCCAGACUCGGCAGCUUACGAGGAGAUGGGAACUUCCGAGCCUGUUUCAUAUGCGUCCGAGUAUGACACGUGGGGUCGUCCGGAGCCUGGCACAAGUCAUCUUCUUUCUCCACUGGCGUCGCCAUGUCGACCUCAAUAUGACGGCGUUGUCCGAGGCGGCAGUCGCUCACGGGCCUCACCCACGCCGCACAACAAUGUCCGGUCCUCGCCCUACACGCUCGACAAUAGCAGUCGUUUCAAGAGGUGGUCUACUGGGCACGCGCCAACGUCAACACCUACCAACUCGCGCCCCGUGUCGCAAGUCCCGACUCACUACACACCUUACGGCCCGAGGCUAAACCCCCAUCAUUCCAUGCCGGCCUAUCCUCCCAGUGCAUACAAUUAUGGAGUGGCGGCACAAAAUGUCCUGUAUUCGCAAACAACGUCUCCACACCCCAAUAACCCGCAAUUCUUCCCGACACAAGAUCAAUCACCCUAUCAUCUAGAGGUGCCUCGACCACUACCCUCGCAAGGCCUCUUCCGUCUGCUUCAGAGCAAUGCCGACCGUCAUGGCGGCUGUUCAUCUCACUUUGCCGACCUCUCAGACCCACCGGAUUUGUACUCUUCACUACAUGAGGAAGCCUCAAACCCGCCAGAGUCUGAUAUGAACCCCUCGGAUCCCGAUCUAGUCCCACAUGAGCAGGAUCUUAGAUUUGUCGGCGAUUUGUACACGCCACGUUGGGUACGCGGCCAUGGCAACAAACGCGAAGGCUGGUGCGGACUCUGCAAACCUGGACGAUGGCUUGUCCUGAAGAACAGUGCAUUUUGGUACGACAAGUCCUUUACACACGGAGUCAGCGCAGCUACCGGCGCAGCAUUCCAGGGCCCACAGGACACUCGCCGCACAGAAGGCAAUCUUGAUGUCUGGGAGGGACUCUGUGGAAGCUGCGGUGAGUGGAUAGCACUCGUAAGCAACAAGAAGAAGGGAACAACUUGGUUCCGGCAUGCGUACAAGUGUCAUACACACCCAAAAGUCAAGGAUGGUCCUAAGCGCCGGCGCGAAACACAAGCUGGGCGCGUGCGUGCCGCUUCAUCCGCUUCGACAGCGUCUUCGCCGUACCCAAUGAAGCAUGAGUCCCUGCCAGGCGACCUAACUUCGCAUCGGCAUUCCACUCCCACGCCGAUACCCGGCAGCUCUUCUUUGCAGUCUUAUGGAAUGCCGAGCGGGUCAUCCCGACCUUUGCCAACCUCUACGCCCACAUCUACUCCACAGCCCUGCAAUGCAACUCAUGCAGGCAACACGGCAUACCCUACGCCUUCGUCAGCAACGCCUACGAUGCAGUCUCUUCGAACGCCUACCGGAAGUUCCUCACAUGAUCAUUUAGAGCACACUCCCAGGCAAGAGCAAGUCGUCGGCAUGUUCACAACCCCACUACAAAGCCUACCAAGUUUCCCCAGUCAUCAGUACUCGCCCAGCCUCUCACACCAGGUGAGCGAGCCGGAACUUGUCGGUAUACGAACAACGACGGUGGCCUUGAAUUCAAUAGCGAGUAUGAUAUGA